CAAGGGGCGGAAUAGAAAUAAAAUAAAAAAACUAACGGGCUCCGCCCGCGAAUCAGCCGAUAACUAAACAAAACCCCGCCCGCCCUAAUCCACCAGCAGCAACGAAGGGGGAAAGCGAGAAGAAACAGAGACAGUGAGGGUUUAGGGUAAAAUGCGAGGAAUUCAGCUGUCGUUGAAUCAAACCCAGAAGAUCAGGCUGCAGAGAGCUCUCCAGCAGCUCGAAUCCCUUUCUUCCAAGGUCAAUUCCAACGCCUCCGUCACCGUCGCAGACACCAUCCCAAUCAACAACGAAGACAGCAUUCUCAAGGGGCAUGGAACCUCGGAACGCGGUGGUGAAGUGGUUGCGACGUUGUGUGGGGUGGUGGAGCGAGUUAACAAGCUGGUCUAUGUACGGACCUUGCGCGCCAGGUAUAAGCCGGAGGUUGGUGAUAUCAUAGUGGGACGUGUUGUUGAGGUGGCUCAAAAGCGUUGGAAACUGGAAAUAAAUUUCAGCCAAGAUGCAGUGUUAAUGCUUUCUUCCAUGAACUUGCCUGAUGGUAUUCAGAGGCGGCGAACUGCAUUGGAUGAGCUCAACAUGCGCUAUAUAUUUGAGGAGAAUGAUGUUGUAUGCGCUGAGGUUCGUAACUUCCAGCAUGAUGGUACUCUCCAGCUGCAAGCCAGAAGCCAAAAGUACGGAAAGCUCGAGAAGGGUCAACUUUUGAAGGUUCCACCAUAUCUGGUGAAGAGACAAAAACACCAUUUCCAUCAUCUGGAUGAGUACGCUGUCGACGUGAUUCUUGGAUGUAAUGGCUUCAUCUGGGUUGGUGAACAUGUGGAUGUCCGAGAGAGCAUGGUGGAGGAUCAAACAGAAAAUGCCGGAGAGCAGAAUUCGAGGUCUCAUAAAUCCCUUGAGGACACUCCGAUAGAGACGAGGCGGCGCAUAUGUCAGAUCGCGAAUGCUAUCCGUGUGCUAUCCAAUUUAGGCUUCAAUAUAACUGUGGAAGUGAUACUGGAAGCGGUUAACUUGAGCAGCAAGCUGGAUUGUGGUGUGGAUGAGAUGCUGGGACCUGAGUUCCAUGUUGCUCUGGCUGAGAGAGAGGCUCAACGGCGUUCACAGUCGAAGAAGAAAGGAUGAAACUAGUAGGGAUUCUGGUGUGAUGUGUAACCAAGGCUUAACUUACUAUUUUGUGCAAAUUUUGUCUGUUGUUCCUAUACUGCGGUUCUUAAAGCUUUUGCUCCUAAUCAGACCAGCCAGCGACAGCCUACUAGCCACCAAAAGUGUCGUUCACUUCCAUCACGCAUUUUACAUUCAUGCAUUUGCUACUUUCUGUAAUAGUCGAUGCAUUUUACAUUUCAUGUCUCGCAACAUUCAGAGUUGUGGGACUGCGAAAUUCAGCAAAACAAAACAACUCGGCAAAGGUUCGAUACGGGAAAAAAAGAACCAAGUUUCUAACCAAGUAACUUGGGGACCAAGCUUGGUUUGCAGCUCAACGGCUUCUACUAUCCCCUUUCGUUGUUAAUAUAUCAAACUAAAUGUU